AUGGAGCGAACAAGUAGUACUAGGAGAAGAGCCAUGGCAAGACAACAUAAAGCUGAAGUCAUGAUUGCAGGAGAGCAACUCAGGUUGAGGCUCCAUGAUGGUAAGCUGAUCAAGGACCGACGGUACCAUCUGCGCACAUAUCCUAACUGCUUUGUGGCACAGGAACUCAUAGAAUGGCUGGUGAGCCAUAAGGAGGCUCCUGAUCGAGAAACUGCUGUGUGUCUUAUGCAGCACCUCAUGGAUCAGGACAUUGUUCACCACGUAUGUGACAAAAGGCAUGUCUUUAAGGAUGCCAAACUGCUGUAUCGUUUUCGCAAGGAUGAUGGCACAUUUCCCUUCAAUACAGAGGUGAAAAUCUUCAUGCGAGGACAACAGCUGUAUGAACAUCUCAUCGGGGAAAAGGACUCCAUUCUGCAGCUAAGAGAGGAGCAUAGUGUUACAUAUCAGCGCUCCUUUCCAGGCUGCCAGUUAAUUGACUGGCUCCUUCAGAAUGGAGAGGCAGAGAGCCGGCGUAGGGGGAUAGAGCUGUGCCGAGCAUUGCAGGAGCAUGGCAUCAUUCAGCACGUGGCAAAGAAGCAUGAUUUCUUUGACAGUGGGUUGCUCUAUCAGUUCUGCAUCAAUUUUCGCCGCCGCCGCCGCCUAUCUGAGCUGUUACAUGAAAGUGAACAAGACAACAAUGAAGGAGUCGCAGUGUCUACAACAGAGGACAACCAUCUUGACAGUCCAUUUGUUCUGCGCAAAAGCCAACCUCAGGAGGGCAACACUCCCUUCAAGUCGGUGGGGUCCAGUAAAGAUAUGAAACAGGUUACCACUGGGCGUCGAGGUAGCUUGAACUCCCUUCAGCUUCACACAGAUGGAUUCCAAACUCUUGUACAGCUGUCCUCAACUUCAGUGGUGAGAUGCAAUCCUAAAUCAGUAAUUCAAAGAGUUUUUACAUGUGAAGAGCUUCUGGCACUUGGUGCACCCUUCAUCAAGAGAGUGUUGACAGUAAUAGGAGAUGCUCUUGGCUGGGGCUUUGUUAUCAGAGGCAAGGCUCCUUGUUAUGUGCAGGCAGUAGAUCCUGGAAGCCCUGCAGCAGCCGCUGGAGUUAAGGUGCGACAGUUUGUGUGCCAGGUGAAUGGACAGUGUGUUCUCUACCUUGACUACAAGACAGUCACAAGAUUGGUGAUGACAGGAAGUCGUACUGUAGUACUGGAGGUGAUGGAACCACUGGAAUGA